CGCGCGGCGUUUCCGGGCAGCGGUGCAGGAUGGUGCUGCUGGAGAGCGAGCAGUUCCUGACAGAGCUUACCAGACUCUUUCAAAAGUGCAGAACUUCGGGGAGUGUUUUCAUAACGCUGAAGAAAUAUGAUGGCCGAACAAAACCAGUCCCACGCAAAGGCCACGUAGAAAGUUUUGAACCAGCAGACAAUAAGUGUCUCCUAAGAGCAACUGAUGGAAAGAAGAAAAUUAGCACAGUGGUGAGCUCAAAGGAAGUAAAUAAAUUCCAGAUGGCAUAUUCAAAUUUGCUGAGAGCUAACAUGGAUGGCUUGAAGAAAAAAGACAAGAAAAGCAAAAACAAGAAGAGCAAAGCAACACAGUGAUGGAACAGUGUCCUACCAUCACUAUAACAGACUUGACCCUUGCUCAAAGCAAAGUCCAUUUCUUUUUGAGUUACCACUUGUCUUUGGCUUUCCUUCCAGCAGGAUACUGGGAUGCGAUCAGUACUUUUGUUUAAACUGAGAGCAGAAGGUGCUUUUUGUGGAUUGUUCUAUGGCAGGAGUAUUUACAGGGUUAUACUGAAAUAGCUUUACACUCAGCUGCCAACUAGUUUUGUACUUAUACUGCUGUUAGUUUUGUAUUAUACAAGUGGGCAGUGUAAAAUCUGUUUGGGGGGUAACAGGGUGGAGAGAAAUGCACUGCAGCAGGAGCAAAAAGUAAGACUGGAGCAGGAGUCUCAGUGACAGAUGCCCAGUUUUAUAGGUGAGCCUCAGUAGUACUAGGGAAUGUGGGUGCCAACAUAUUAUCAGGAACAGAAGCUUUUCUGUUUCUGUCUUAUUUUGAGGGACAUGUCUACAUGAUGCAGUGCAGACAUCCCUAAGGCAGCCAGCACAGUGCCUGAGCUCUUGCAGAGCCAGGUGGCUGUGCCUUUGCUCCGUGCUGACCCAGCUGUGCUGACCCUGGCUCACAGUGGGGGGGAGGGCAGGACUCUGCAUCAUUUUCCCUUCAGACAUGGCUUAAAAAUGCUCAUGUCACCUAAACUUUUUUUUUAAAGCUUCAUCCUUCAGUAUAUUCAGGGAUCUGAAUUUCCCCAUACUUCACAUCUUAAAGUAGCUCCUUCAUAUGAGCAGAUGUAAAAGGUGAAUAAAUUGUUCCUAUUAAAUACACUGAGAAAUGGA